AGAUCCCUGCUGCAACUCUCUCGCGUUUGGGUUUGAAUGGUGGCAGACAGAGGGCCGCGUCCAUGUGUGGUGAUCCUUGGCCUCUUCCGAAAGAUCAGACGGGCGGGUCAGCACAAUGAAAUUAGGCGAACGUUUCCGGGGAGUAGAGAGCGUAAAGACACCGCACCUCGUUCAGGAUUAGAUGAAAGCGUGCGAGCUCUGCCAACCCAGUUGCUCGAGCGGACAUUGCGUGUGAAUGCGGUGACAGUCAACAGCGUCCUCCCACCCUGCUUUAUAUAAUGGAAGAUCGCAUACAGAUAUGAUGUGCUGCUGAUGUACACGGCGUAACAUACGGGAGCUGGAAACGGAUAAUACACGAGGAGGUGUUGCGUGGAGGGUUGAGUUGACUUCGCGACGCCUCGGUUUACCCAGAGACUCUUAUUGCUCGCCUGUGUUACUGUGAAACUCAAGCAAUGGCGAGGAACACGGCAGUCAGGGAUCGAGCCGUUUGCCCUGCUUUCAACAGCUAGCCUUCCGCGGGUGGCCACCUAACCAGCUGUAGUAGGACUAGCUGACUCCUGCGGCAACGCGAGCUCCGCGCAGGUGCGGCGUGUCCGAGGCGAAGCUGGCGGCGCUCCGGUUAGAGUCGGAGGAGAAGGAUCUGAGCGCCAUGGCGUGGGUGCUGAAGAUGGACGAUGCUACCAUCGAGUCUGGGCUCGUGCACGACUUCGAUGCCAGUUUGUCUGGCAUCGGCCAGGAGCUCGGGGCUGGCGCGUACAGCAUGAGUGAUGUGUUGGCUCUGCCCAUCUUUAAGCAGGAAGAUGUUAGCGUUCCUGUGGAGUCUGACGCCAAGAAUCCUCCGUUUCAGUAUGUGCUGUGUGCCGCCACGUCCCCUGCUGUUAAACUGCACGAGGAGACGCUCACCUACCUAAACCAAGGCCAGUCGUAUGAGAUCCGAUUGCUUGAUAAUAGGAAAAUAGGGGAGAUGCCUGAACUCAACAAGACUGUUAAGAGUAUAGUUAGGGUGGUUUUCCAUGACCGAAGGCUUCAGUACAUGGAGCACCAGCAGCUGGAGGGCUGGAAAUGGAAUCGGCCUGGCGACCGCCUCCUCGACAUCGAUAUCCCCAUGUCAGUUGGCAUCACUGAGCCCUGCACACACCCGUCACAGCUAAACGCUGCAGAUUUCCUGUGGGAUCUCUCCAAGCGAGCGUCUGUGUUUGUGCAGGUAAACCCAAAUUCAAGAUCAAACCACAAACAUGCAGCCAUGUUGUUAUAUUGCCCCUUUCAUUGCAUCAGUACAGAGUUCACCCCGCGGAAACACGGUGGAGAGAAAGGAGUUCCGUUCCGGAUCCAGAUUGACACUUUUAAACAAAAUGAAAGCGGAGAGUACACCGAGCACCUGCACUCCGCCAGCUGCCAGAUCAAAGUCUUUAAGCCAAAGGGAGCAGACAGAAAACAAAAAACAGACCGGGAGAAGAUGGAGAAAAAGACUGUGCAGGAGAAAGAAAAAUAUCAACCCUCUUAUGACACCACUAUUUUGUCAGAGACUCGAUUGGAGCCUGUGAUUGAGGAGGCUGUAGAACAUGAGCUAAAGAAAUCCAGCAAGCGGACACUUCCUGCAGACUGUGGCGAUUCCAUCGCCAAAAGCAAAAGAGGAAGUUGCUCUCCGUGGCCAGAUAAUGCAUACGUCAACCCCAACACAGCAGCUACACCGACCUUCACCUCCAGCACACACUCCUACAGCAGUAGCAGCACAGUUCCAGACAGUGAGUCAUCUUCACCUAACCAUCAAGGGGAUCUUGGUAGCCUCAUGUCUAUGGAGUCUCUGAGUCCCGCAGCAUCUAUACAGGACACACAAAAGUGGCUGCUUAAGAACAGAUUUAACUCAUACAGUCGUAUUUUCACCCAUUUCUCAGGUUCUGAUCUACUGAAAUUAACUCGUGAGGAUUUAGUCCAAAUUUGUGGUGCAGCUGAUGGAAUCAGACUCUACAAUGCACUUAAGUCAAGAGCAGUGCGUCCCAGACUCACAGUUUACGUGUCCCUGGAGGCGUCUCAAAGUGAGAGCCCUCUGCUGGAGAAACGUGGCCACAGCAAAAACGGCGAACACAGCAGUCCAACAUCCAUACCUGUUUACCACGCUCUUUACCUUGAGGAGAUGACCGCUUGCGAGCUAACUAGGAAAAUCUCCAGUGUCUUGGCAUUGCCGCUGUCCCACAUCAGCCAAGUCUACAAACAGGGGCCCACAGGGAUACACAUACUACUCAGCGACCAGUUGGUUUAUAACUUCCCAGAUGAGAGCAGCUUCAUUGUCAGCACAAUACAAGAUGACACCAGUGAUGGAUUUCACCUAGUCCUGAAGUAGAGCUGCUGCAAGCAACGUGAAGCAGAGUGUGAUGACAUCUCAAGGCUCCAUACUGCCAUUCUUGAGCAUUGAACAUGUUCCCUCCAUCCUCCUCUCUCUUCCUUUCCUCAUCUCUCUCUCUCGUUCUUCACGUCUCGCACGUUGGAGGAGAGAGAUAGCCGGGGUUGGGCAGGGCCUCCUAACUGUUAGAAUCUGACUUCAGUGUGUGAAUUGUUUCAUAUUGAAAACACUUAAACUGAUGCCAGUGUGUACGAGCGGUGGGCUUUUAAGUAUGUGUGCGAGUGCGUUUUUAAAGGUUGAAUCGGGAGGGAUGGAGGUGGGCAGAAACAGCAAGGAAGUGGAGGAGAAUUGUGACCACUUUUACUUCAGCAUGGUGUUCGUGGAAGAAUCUGAGCAUCCGGCGCCGCGAUACGGCUGUGUUCAGACUCUGUCCUCACUUUGCUAAUUAUGAACGUACAGUACUUGAGUUUGUCUGCGAGUUGUCAACCGUUUUGCUUCCUGCCCCUUCGGAUUGGCCUGCAGACCCCAUCACAAACCCCACGGUAGAUAGUAACGACCUCUUUUUCCAAUGUGGGGAAAUGCGUCCUGACUUAGGCAUGCGCAGGACGUCUUUAUGUCUGUCUGGAUGAAAUAAUUCCUUGAGUUUGAGUACGGUGCCCUGCAGCUAGCGUGAGGUUGUGAGACUCAAGUUUCGGCUGUAUCCUACUCUCGUAGAUGACAUUGUCAAUGCUGAUGUCGUUUUCCAAUUCCUCUCUCAAGACCAAUCGUUUCUGGUGCCAUUGUUUCUGUUGACUAGAUUCUGUUAGUUUCUUAGCAUUUACUUUGUGCUUAGCGGGAUGAAUUAAGCGUCACCUGGUUCCACAUGUUUAGAAUUAAAUGAGGGUUUUUAGAUUGUGAUUGUCGUGCUUCGUAUUCUCUGUGCCCGGUAACUGCAUACCUGCCCUUUAUAGUAGCUCCUGGCACAGAUUAUAACACGAUUAUUGAUAAAUGUGCACAAUCACAAGCAGCCAUAAAUUAUAUUUCCCAUAAUGCCUUUGCUUUCUAUUAUCUUAAUUAUUUGACCUAGGACAUGAGGUCGGCUGGUGCUUUUCUAAAUGCACACGUGGUUUACUGUCAGCUGCUCCAGUUAAACCUAGCCAUCAUGUCUGCGGUCAGCAAGCCUCUUUUUUUUCCUUCUUAAAUAAAGACUGACUCCAUAGGUCUCAUAUCUCAGUAGUCAUGUAUUGGGCAGCUGUGCUUUGGCAUGUACUGUGCUUAUUAUUGCCACUUUAUAGAGGAGCAUGGUUGUAAGAAUGUUGACUCCUUUUAAUUCUCAUAAAAAGAACAAAAAAAAAGGAAUGACCAAGUCUGCACUGAAACUGAUACCACAAUGAAAUGGAUACUUAGCUGUUGUUGGAUGCUCACUUAGACUAUUGGUGUAUACAAUGUUUCCAGGUUGAACAAAUCAUCCAAGUCUAAAUCCAUGAAGAGGUGUGUUCUCUUCCUCUGAUCAAAUGCUGUGGAUCACCGGACUGUCCUCUGCGUUUCCGUGAUGAUAAUCAUGGUGCCCUCAUGUCACUGUCUGUCUAAAGAAGCCUCUCUUCCAUAGAGGGUGCUGAGAUGUACACAAUUAAUGCCUGUACCAGAAAUAAAAAUAAUUUUCAUA